CAACUGAUACAUGCACCGUAUCAAUUUUGCAGAAAGCAUCGGCGGAACGCAAUUCAUCUUUGAAGAAGAGGUUCCAGUAUCGGAAGCGGACCGAUCGCUUUAUAAUUUCAUAAUUAAGGAAAUGUAUCACCUUUUUUAUCACUGUAUGUAUGCACGUUAUUGAAUGUGAUUCAUUUUUUAAUAUGCGUCAAUGUGGUGCAGUACUGCUUGCUGACCCGAUCGUACGGUCAGUCUUAUACCUGCUCGCUGAAGUGUUGAAAUAUAAUAUUUUUCGACAAAGUUAGUUAAUUGGUGCGAUGGAGGAAUUGAGUUUUGUAGACGUGGAUAUUAUGCUGAGACAUGUUGGAGAUUUCGAUAGAUUCCAGUAUUUAUUAAUCGGUUUAUUUAGUUUAAUUAACAUUUUGUCAGGAUUUCACUAUUUUGGGCAAACUUUCAUAAGUGUUACGCCGGAAUAUAAGUGCAAACCAUCGCCGUAUGACGAUGUCAACAAGACGACAUAUCUGGCAUGCUACAAGACGAUUCAAGAAGGCGCAACAACGAAAAAGGUGGCUUGUAAUUCCGGAUGGGACUAUAACACUUCUUACGGAUACAUCAGUAUCGUCCAGGAGAUGGACUGGGUCUGCAACGAUAGCUGGCCACCAGUUGUUGCACAUUCGUUCUUCUACGUUGGUGCCGUUUUGGGAAGUUUCGCGCUUGGUAUUUUGGCUGAUCGCAUUGGAAGACUACGCGUUUUGAUAAUCGCAAAUAUGAUAGUGAUUGUAGGCAAUAUGGCAACUGCCAUGUCGACCCAUCCAAUAGCCUACAUCAUAAGCAGAUUUUUGGCCGGUGCGGCGACUGAUACCAACUUUGUGAUGAUGUAUAUAAUAGUUAUGGAGUAUAUACGACCGAAAAUGCGUACGGCUGGAUUGAACUUAUGCAUCGGGGUAUUCUAUUGUAUUUCCUGCGUGGUCGUUCCAUGGUUGGCAGUCGGAUUGCGUACAUGGAAGUGGUUUCUUGUGGCAAUCUCACUUCCACAUCUCAGCGUACUCUCCUUCGCCAUCCUUGUUCCGGAGAGCGCCCAGUGGCUCCUAAGCAAAGGCAGAACUGACGAGGCAAUCGCUUGCUUCGAACGAAUCGCUAGGUUCAACAGAAGAACGGUAGACCCAAAGGUACUGGCCGAGUUACGUAAAUACGCAAACGAGCAUAUUAAAACCGUACGAAAUGAGAACCUUAUAGGUUUAAUUAGCACCCCGCGACUUAGAAAGAAGAUGCUGAUUUUAAUGUUUAAAUCUAUGGUAAUGUCGUUGGGAUACGACACGAUUGCGAGAAAUGUGAACGGAUUUGGAUUCUCACCCUUCACAAUAUUUUCUAUUUGUUCGAUCACUAUUCUUCCAGCGUGCGUAGUCAUUCUCUUUCUUCAAGAUCGUUGGGGAAGAAAAGCGUUAGCAAGCGGAGCGUUGUUUAUCAGUGGACUAUUCUCAGCCAUAGGGGGUGUCAUACUAGUCAUCAAUCAAUAUACCAGCCCAAUAUUGAUAAUCGCCAUAUCGAUAAUCUGCCGUUUCAGUAUUAACGUUGCGUACAACUCAGGGGCACAAUAUGCGGUGGAACUUAUCCCAACAGUGGUGCGCGGUCAAGGAGUAUCAGCGAUCCACGUAAUAGGUUACAUUGCGAACUUCUGCAGCCCUUCAAUACUAUACAUGGGCGAGAUGUGGAAACCUUCCCCCGAUCUCCUUUUGGCAGUUUUACUUAUUUUUGGGGCGUUCGCCUGCCUGUUCCUACCCGAAACAUUGAAUAAGACGUUACCGGUUACUUUGGAAGACGGCGAAAACUUUGGAGAAGACGAACGAUUUUACGAGUUUUACUGUUGUGGAGGAAGGGGCGAUGACAGUGUAGAAAUUUUAAACCCCGGUAUUUAUAAGAUUAAAUAUAUUAACUGACUGUAAUACUAAUUAUUAUUAUUCGAUACAUAAUACGGACGUAGGUUAAUUGUAUUAUUAUAAUAGGUAUAUUGUAUUUAUUCGACGAUAUAAGAAUUUUAAUAAACAAA